CACCAGUCUAGAUGAUCCCCAAUUUGAGUUUUGGGGACAAAACUCCUUUUUAGGAGGGGUGAGUGUAAUAUCCCAAAUUUUCGGGAAUAUUUAAGUGUAAGUUAAGGACUAAAUUGUGGAAAAAUAUGGUUUUGGGACUUAAUAGCGAAAGAUUUCAAAGUUGAAGGACUUAAAGAGGGAAAGAAUUUGGAUAAGGAUGACUUCUUUUAUUUUUCUCCUUUUUCUUUCUUUCUUUCUUCUUCUCCAGCCCGAUUCUGCUCUUCUUUUCAUUUCUUCCCGCUGCAGCCACCCGAAGAAAAAAAAAGGGGGAACCCAGCCAUGCUUGAGAAACUAGUGAGAUAAGCUUGGUUUUCUCCUUCCUUUCUUGCUCUAGAACACACCUAGAACCCAGAAAUCUUCCCCCCUGCUGGAAAAGCCAGAUCUGCCCUGCUCUGCUUUGUCCUUCCGCCGGCUGCUCUUGAUUGUGGGUGAUUUCUGGGCAUUUUUCGUCCGUGAGUUCCCCUGCAGCUUGCCGCCGGCUUCUUCUUCCCCCCUGCAGCUCCGGUUUCUACAGCUGGAGAAUUAUGGUUCUUGAUCGUCCUGUCAGUUUAGUACGUGAAUUGAUGCUCGGUUUUAUGCGAGUGGUAAGUAAAUUAUGGUAACGCCCUUUGAUUUUAAAAGCAUGUUUUGAUUUGUUUUUGAAGUGGUGGCGGGACUAAACCCGUUUUACACGAGCAUGACUGAUUUGAAGUGAAAUGUUUUAUGCUUUUCAUUAAAUUGAGCAUGCCUACUUGAAACUUAAGUGACUGUCCUGAUGAUUUGAAAGUGAUUGUGAAUUGUGAUUUUCCUGUUAACUUCUGCCUGUUUUGUCUCCGAUGUGGUCAUGUUAUUCGUGACCUUGCUAGUGGGGGAGGUUAUAAACACUAGCACAUGUCGGCACUUGUCGAUAUGUUAUUCGUGACCCCGCUAGUGGGGGAGGUUACAAACGCUAGCACGUCUACAUGUAGUGAUAGAGCCGGUUCGUUCAACCCAGCUAGUGGGGGUUAUACACCAGCAAAUCGUGGCCCUGCUAGUGGGGAUUAUACACUGGCCGUGACCUAUAGAGGAGACGUCUAUUUUGUGCCCAUACUGUAUCUGUUUUCGUGAUUGUACUUGUUGGCAUGCUUUAAGUUUGAUAAGGGGCACUCUAUAUUUACUUACUGAGUUUAUCUCAUAGUUUUCCUUGUCCACCAUUUCAGGAAGCGAAAUCAAGGACGGGGAAACCACGGAAAGUGACGAGUUAGAAAGCUAGCCAUUUCGAGAUUGAUAUAGAUUUUAGAAAUAAAUCAUGAUCUUGUAAACUAGAGUGUAUUUGGAGAUCUAUGUUAUCGGAGUAAAUUUUAAAGAUUUGAUCUUCAGAUUUUGGUGGUAUCAGAGUUCAGUGUGAUAAG